GGGUUUUCCCUCGCGGUCCAAUGUGUGGUGGGCUGAUCUCUCUUCAGUGUCGUGUGACAUAAACAAAAGAUCUGUGGCCGUGAAAGUUGGGCGUCUCUUUCGGGGUAGCGGCAAUAGAGAUGAUGCUGGCAUUCAGAGCAGCCGUACUGUUCUCUGCAGGGACGGCUCUGGUGCUCGCUCUGAACCUCCUACAGGUUCACAGGAGAGAGGUGGUGGAGAGGACGUGGCUGGCGGUUCCUCUCCUGGCUGCAGCGGCCACUGUGGUAGGUCUGCUGUACCCGCUGGCUCUGCGGGAAGGCAAGGCUCCGGACGGCUCGACCGUCAUGAGAUGUCUGGCCGUCUUUGUUGGUAUCUACCAGGCAACCACUAAGAUAGAUUUCACAGGCUACGCUGAGCUGGGGGCCACACUAGCAGCUCUGUCUGCUGGUAUUUGGUGGUUGUUUGACAGAUCUGGACCUGGCCUUGCCCUCUCUCUCCUCUUCACCAUGAUAUCCGCAGCCUUCACUCAUUUCCUGCUCCAUUUCUCAAUCCUCACCUCUCUGGACCAUGGAUACCUGUACUCUCGUCUCUGGUGUGUCUACUUCUCUGGCUGCAUCACUUUUGGAGCUAUCGGUCGAAGAUUAGCAGCAAAUGACUAGUCCACCCCCUUCUCUCUCUUUCCUUUUUUUCUUUUUUCUCCCUCUUUCCCUCCAUUCCUCUCGACAUAUCCAAUUACAGCUGUUCAUCUCAUAUUUUCUGUAGUUUGUGUCUAAUUUAACGAAUUUCGGUACGUAUUAAAAAAAUUUGAAACGGUGGGAAAUUUGAAUGCGGAAAAAUCAACCCCCGCUCGGCGUUGAAGGUUUUUUUGUUGCUGUGUGGACGUGCCUUGCUUUUUAGUGACUCCUGGAAGCUCUUAGGGAGAUGAUCCAGCGCAGGGCAGUGACGGGGGAAAUGGCAGACAAGGAGAACAAGGUAGGGCAGAGGAACAGGCCCAAACCAAGCCGCAUCCCUCGACCAGUCAGUAGAGCUCGGAGCAAGCCUCUCCAACCUCACAACUCUGUUUCCCAGCCUUCUCUUCCUCCUCCUCCUCUUCCUCCUCCUCCUCCUCCUCUCUCUCUACCUUCUCCUCCUCCUCCUCUCUCUCUACCUUCUCCUCCUCCUCGCACUCGUGUCUCACACACUCCUUCCAAAGUAAAGCCUGUACCAGACUUUGCCAGACUCCACAAGUCGUUUCAGGAGAAAAUAACAAAGGCAAAGGAGAAAAAGGUUUUGACAGAGUUCAAGACAUUUUACCUCACGCCAUCUUCCGGUAAGAGGAACACCACACAGCCAGUGGAACAGGAGAAGAAGGAGAGGAAGAGAGAGGGAACAGUGGAGGUGGAAUAUAAAGAGACCAGUCAGCCUCCUCCAGAUGUGUGUUUUGACGAAAUAAGUGGUCCACUAGUACUGGGGCUCCCCCCGGCUCUACCUUUCUCUCCACGGCAACAGAUCCGUCUAUCAGUGUACAGCAAAACAGAAAGAGCCCUGCAGCGACUGCUACAAUCGUCAUCAGUCGUUAAGCAAGGGGCAGCCCAUGGGGCUAAAACUGGACAGUUCCCUGAGAUGCUCCAGAGACUAGUACAGACAACAGUGUCCUCGAUAAGAACUGUGUCUCGUUGCCCGGAGACCAGGGACCCUGGGUUGGAUGGGGUUAAAGUAAAGCUGGAGUCUCAACUGGAAUGUGUUGAAGAGGAAGAUGAGGAGGGACCUCCUGCACCAGAAUCCCCACCUCACUUGUUGCACUCACCACCCACCUUCACAAGACCACGCCCACCACUGCCUAGCAACACUGCGGACACCGCCCCUCCAAUCUCGGUCUACACCACUGAGCCAGAGCUAUGUGCCACUCUGUGGAACAGGAAUAAUUCCCCUGACACUGGCAGACCUUCCUGCCCUGUGGCCAGACUCCUGGAUCAAUGCUACUUUCUUCCUGUGCCCAAUGUUGUGUGUAGAGACUGUAGUUAUCGUCUCCGAACCUAAUAUUGCCUUCUUUCGCAUGCGCGAUUAUUCGAA